AUGGCAGUAACAUUUGAAGAUGUGACUGUUAAUUUUACUUGGGAGGAGUGGAAAUUCUUGGAUUCUUCUCAAAAAAAGCUCUACAGAGAGGUCAUGUGGGAGAACUACACAAAUGUCAUGUCAGUAGGAAACUGGAAAGAGAGCUACAGACUCCAAGAAGAAAGAUUCAGAUAUUUUGAACAUGAACAUCUUUCCUGCUGGCAAGGCUGGAGGAAUGCCAGCACUCAGAUAUACGAUAAUCAAAACUAUGUGGAAAUGGUUCAAGGUAUAGAUUCCAAAGACCUAAAGCAGCAACACCUUUCUCACUCUCAAGAAUGGUUAAUACUCUUCACACAAGUACCAGGGUUUGGGAACUAUGAACUGACUUUUGAAGGUAAAAUUCCCAGGAACUUAAAAUAUACGAAGUUUAUACCUUGUCAAUCCUUAGAAACAAAACACACUGAAGACAAGAGUAGAGAAAUCUAUGUGAGUGAUUCACAUGGUUUUCAAGGAUGCAGAUACCAUGUUGUCAUAUCCAGGAAAAAUCUCUCUGUGGAAAGAGAACAGAAGCUCAUAGGUCUGCAUUCUUAUAUCCCAGGAGAGGAAGCCCUUCCAGAGUACAUUGGGGAGAUAUGCCAAAAUGACCUGCUGAAAGGCUCUGCGGAAGAGAAAUACCGUGGAUAUAAUAAAUGUAAAGAAAGUUAUUAUUGGAACUCACAGUGUGUUCACAAGAGAAAUCAACUUGGAGAAAAGUUGUAUCCAUGCUCCAUCAGCACAGCGUGCUUCACUCAGAGAUCAGACCUAUACAGACAUCCAAGAAUCCGCAUAGGUAAGAAGCUGUACAGAUGUAAUGAAGUUGCCAGUAACUUUAGUCAGAGCUUCGGUGUUCACUUUCAUCAGAGAGUCCACCCAGGGGAGGUACCUUAUAUAUGUAAUGUGUGUAGUAAGAGCUUCAGUCAGAUCGCCAGUCUUCACUGUCAUCAAAGAGUCCACACAGAAGAGAAACUCUAUAGACUGCAGUGUGAUAAGGACCUCGGUAGAAAUUCAUUACUUCAUAUUCACCAGAGACUUCACAUAGGAGAGAAGCCUUUUAAGUGUGAUCAGUGUGGUAAGAGUUUUAGUCGGAGUUCAGUACUUCAUGUUCAUCAGAGAGUCCACACAGGAGAAAAACCAUAUAAGUGUGAUGAGUGUGGUAAGGGCUUCAGUCAGAGUUCAAAUCUUCGAAUUCAUCAGUUAGUCCACACAGGAGAAAAGUCCUAUAAAUGUGAUGACUGUGGUAAGGGCUUUACCCAGCGCUCAAAUCUUCAAAUCCAUCAGAGGGUGCAUACAGGAGAGAAGCCUUACAAAUGUGACGACUGUGGGAAGGACUUUAGUCACAGCUCAGAUCUUCGCAUUCAUCAGAGGGUCCAUACAGGGGAGAAGCCCUAUACUUGUCAUGAAUGUGGGAAGGGCUUCAGCAAGAGUUCCAAACUUCACACUCACCAAAGAGUACAUACUGGAGAGAAACCCUAUAAAUGUGAACAGUGUGGGAAGGGCUUCAGUCAGCGUUCUCAUCUUCUCAUUCAUCAGAGAGUCCAUACAGGAGAAAAACCCUAUAAAUGUGAUGAUUGUGGAAAGGGCUUUAGUCACAGCUCAAAUCUUCACAUUCAUCAGAGGGUCCACACAGGAGAGAAGCCUUAUCAAUGUGCUAAGUGUGGUAAGGGUUUCAGCCAUAGCUCAGCUCUUCGAAUUCAUCAAAGAGUCCACAUGGGAGAAAAGAUUCAUAAAUGCCAUGAGUAUUACAAGGGGUUCGAUCAGAAUUCACAUCUUCACAGUAAUCACAGAAGAAAAACCUUAUAA